AUGUUCGAAUUGCGGCAAGAAAUUUUAAUAUCGACUGGAAGUGUUUCACAUUCGGUUAAUAAUCUAUCAAUUUUCUUUCAUGAAGUCAAAAGCCUGAAACUCUCUUGUGUAGUACAUGAAAAUCAGAUUGCGACAUUAAGCUGGGAUCAAGACAUGAAUAAUUUCAUAUGUGAUAAUCUGCCAAUUAAAGAUAAUGAUUCCGAUGCACCUAUUAUCGUAUUACAAGCAAAAUACUGCAUGCCACUUGUUUGUCGACCAGAAACACCUUUUGAGACUUCAAAACCAACAAGACAUGAACAAACGUAUCGCUUUACAAAAGGAAUAACUUAUGUGGAAAAUUUAAUCGUUGUUGGAUCGUAUUCAGGAGAAUUGCUGAUAUUUAGAUGCAGUGGUGAAAAUUCUGUAACUUUCAAAAGAAGUGUGCAGGGGCACGACUUUGCCGUAACAGAUGUAGCUACUUGUCAUUUCGAUGAUUUAACAUGCUCUUGUGAUGUUUCGGGAAAUAUCGCUGUUUGGGUCAAGAAUUUCAAAAGUGCUCGGAAAAAAUUUAGCACGGGGCAUGAAGUCAACUGCAUUAAUGUCCUGAAAAAGCAAGUCAUUAUUGGUACAUUCGCCGGUCAGUUAUUAUUUUACUCGACGUUGAGUGGAGAGUUAAUGGCUGAAGUGAAUGCACAUGUACGUCAAAUAAAUGCAAUUGCUGUAGCUCCAGAAAGUGCUUUUAUUAUAUCAGUUAGUGAUGAUACGAUGAUACGUUUAUGGAAGUUACAUACUCGUAAGCCUGAAGCUUAUAGGGUUGAAUGGAUAUUUAACAAACGAGUUGAAAACAUGUCGUUGGUGGGUGCGCAGUUUGUCAAUAGUCAUGGAAGUGGUUUUGUUGUAGCAGCCUAUGAUUAUUCCAAAUUACUUUAUUAUCAAAUAGCAAAGAAGUUGUCUGCGGGACAAACGGAAUCAUGA